CAACUUCAAGCACACAAGGGAGGACCCUUCAGCAGGCGCCUUGCAAUCGGGCUCUCUUCAGGACCAUCUUCCACUGAAUCUCUCGGCUAGUUCAAUCGUCACCCAAUGGCUUUGUCGGGCUGUUUGCAAAGGUGCAGCGGCCUGCUAUCCUUCGCACCUGCGCAAGCAGAUGCGCGCAACAGGUCAAGUCCGAGAAGUCCAGGUCCUCCCGCAUGCACACUGUCCCGCCCGUCAGCUCCAAGCAGACUUGCACGUAUUGGCCCUGUCCAGAAGCAAUGUAGAAGCAGUGAGGUUAGAAGGCUCCAAACUCCAUCCUUAAGAAGUAGUAUGUUCUGCCGUCAUAGCGUCAAUUCUUCAAUGGCAGCCAUCUGCGGAAGAUUACAUCCAGCCAUGCGAGUUGAGGGGAAUGAGGGGAGGGUGAUGGCUCAGUGGCUGGAGAAUAAUGCGGAGGUUCGAGCUGACGUGCCACUAGAGGAGUGCUGGGAGCACUGGAUAGACCGUGAGAAGAUCCCUCAAUGGAUGCCCUGGAUCUCUUCAGUGAAGGUCCUCGAAGACACGCCCGACCUCUCUCGUUGGACCCUUAAGUACAACGCCUUUGAUCAGGACUUCACGUUUUCCUGGGUUGCCCGCAACAUGCAGCCAUUGCACCACCAGAAGAUUCACUGGCGGGCUGUAGACGGCCUUGCGAACAGAGGGGCGGUCCGCUUUUACAAGAACCGGGACGGAAGCUGCCAAAUCAAGAUGACGAUAUCGUACGAGGUCCCGGGCGUGUUGGCGCCCCUGGCCCAGGGUCUCACACCGAUUGUCGAGGGCAUCAUCCAGAAGGACCUGGAAAGAUUUGUCGAAUAUGCUAGGACGCACAGGUUGAAGGUGCCGGCAACAAAAUGAUAGCUCUGACCGGGCUGAAAGCCUUUGAUGAAUCGUCGUUAUUCGUUUUAACCUAGGAUUUAAUACGACUUGCUUAGUGCGAACAUUGAUUUAUAAAGACGCAAACAAACUUGAAAGCCUGAGCGCUUCCGGAGUAGCAAGGUGCCUAGUUCGAGGGUUUCCAGAUUCUUCGGCCGAUUCGUUGCAAAUGUUCUAGAGAGCUAGCUAGAGACGGCCGCAUCUUGGUACAUACACAUCAAAAGUUAAGUUAGCCUGACCUGCGAUCGGACUGACUCAGUUGAUUGGCUUUUCUAGCUGUGACCCUGCGUCACUGUCACUAAAAUGCAUUCAUGUAAGUCAUGGC